GCGGACGGGUUGACGUGUUGCUGCAAUGGGUUACAGGCAUGCGUCUUAAUGGUACGUGUGCAACAAGAGACGCCAUCAUCGGUCACCAGGCUACACUGCAUAAAGGCGCAGGCGUUACUCCUGUAUCAGCUUAGGGAUAAACCAUCAUUUAUAGUCAUGUCUGGCAGAGGGAAAACCGGAGGCAAAGCCAGAGCCAAGGCCAAGUCUCGAUCCUCCCGAGCCGGGCUUCAGUUCCCGGUUGGUCGGGUCCACAGGCUGCUGCGCAAAGGGAAUUACGCGGAGCGCGUCGGCGCCGGAGCCCCGGUGUAUCUAGCGGCUGUGUUGGAGUAUCUGACCGCCGAGAUCCUGGAGCUGGCAGGCAAUGCAGCGAGGGACAACAAGAAGACCCGGAUCAUCCCCCGCCACUUACAACUGGCCGUGCGCAACGACGAGGAGCUCAACAAGCUGCUGGGUGGUGUGACUAUCGCUCAGGGGGGAGUGCUGCCCAACAUCCAGGCUGUCCUUCUCCCGAAGAAAACCGAGAAACCGGCCAAGAGCAAGUGAAAAAACAUUGCUGUGGAUCAACCGCUUUUAUAUCACUGUCCUCCCUUUUCUGUCUUUCUAAGACGAGGCAGUGCUUUGAUUUGUGCUGUCUUCUUCAUUAAACUGUCCCGUCGCUUCAUGGAAGCAGGAGGCUGGAGGUGCCUGUGGGACAUAUCUUUUUUUCUUUAAGCAACCCCGAACGGGGAUUUUGAUCAGCUUUAGUAUAAACCUAUUUAGGGUACGUCGUUUAUUUGUGGUGAUUUCAAUAAAGGGUGUUGGAACUGC